AACCAAUACAAAUCACACAUUGUUUAAGUCCAUCAACCACCACCUUAUAAACAUGACCUCCAUAACCUAUAUUUUGUGCUUAUGUUACAUAACCACAGUUUUUGCCAAUCCUAACCUCAUUUCUGUUCCAAAUGAAAGGAUAAUCAAUGGUUCCGAAGCAAUUCAAGGCCAAUACAAGUGGCAGGUCGCCAUUUUCUACUCCACAGGCAACAACCAUGAUUUCUGCGGUGGCGCCCUCAUCAGUAAUCAAUGGGUACUAACAAAUGCACGUCCCAUAUUCAUUUCAGCAACAAUGGAAAUAAUCUUAGGAGCAUCUCUCCUCAACCAAACACAAGAAGGCCAACUCUCUCUAGGAAUAGAAAAAACUGUUCUACAUCCAGAAUAUGAACCAUUAACUUAUAACAACAAUGUGGCGUUGAUAAAACUCAAUGUUUCGGUGCAAUUCAACGAUUUUAUCCAACCAAUCAAGUUACCAAAAGCCUCGGAUUUCUUGCAAGCGAAUAUUCCGGUGUGGGUGAGCGGAUGGGGCAAAACAACCAACGAUGGUAGUAUUAGUAAUGUCCUUCAUUAUGUCCAAUUGACAACUAUAACCGAUGAAAAAUGUGCAGAAAGUCAUAAAAUUUUGGAUAAUGUUGUUUGUUGUGAUGGCACAAGCCUACAAUCAAUAUGUCAGGGGGAUGUUGGAGGUGCUCUUGUACAGUAUAAAGACAGUGAUUGGGUGCAUGUAGGCGUGGCGAGUUUCUUUGAUAACAAAGGAUGCGGAAAUGGGACACCGAGCGGAUACAUUCGGACAUCCACCAUCUUGGAUUUCAUCUAUAUGCAUACAGGACCUAUCUAAUUUGUAAUAUUUGAUAAUAAAAUGUGUUUAGUGAA